AUGGCUAACGACUCCGAAAGCGGUAGCAACAUCUCCAACACCACCAAAGGAACAUCGACCGAUAAUUCCUCAAGACACAGCAAUGCCUCUACUGCCCCGUCAUCCGCUGACAUGGGAGGCCCUAAUGGUCACGAUGAAGGCAGAUUACCGCCACAGUCAGCACCACAUGAAAGCUCGAGCCGGCCCGGAUCUAAGUCUAUUGGCGCUGGAUUAUUAGACCGAGCCACCCGAACCUUCUCAUUCGGAGGACAUAAGAAACACUCCAUCCCCCCACCCAAGCAGGACCCCAUUCCUGAUCUGCCGCCCAUUUUGAGUAUUGGCGAAGAUAAUCCCGGUGCCGCAGUCUCUAGAGGUUUGACUGCAUCCACAACAAGCACAGCAACCCCGAGCAACAACACUAGCGCUGGAGGCGGCAGCGAGGGACCUCUAGAUUUGGGCGGCGAUUUUGGCUCCAUGUUCAAGACCUUCGACAAAAGAGCAAGCACCGCAACCCUAACAAUGGCCAACCAAGACUCUGCGGCCCCGAGGUCUUUGACCGGCAACCGCUAUGCCACGCCCGGUCCUCUCAGUCCAGACAACAUUAAAUCAACCGAGCCGCUCUUGAACCAGCGAGACAGCCCAACAUAUAGUGACGAUUCGCCUACUUCACCUACACCUCCCGAAAAAGAUCUGCCGCCGCCACCUGUUCCUCGACAUGAGCAUCUCAACUCCUUCAAAUACUCGAGUCGGCCGGCUGAUAUCGUCGAGGAUGAAGACGCAAAGCUUUUACGAGAGUCGUUUACAGCGAUGAAGUUUUUGUCAACAGACCCUAACAAUGACAAAUCACAAAGCAGCUCCCCGCGCCCUCGACACGGCGAAGAAUCGUUGGUGUCGACAGUCUCAAAGUCGAGGCCUCCGAAUCUCGAAAAGGAAGAAAAUAUGUUUGAGGGCAGCUUAUCCAGAGUUAACCGAGCUUCGCACCGAUAUGUGCCGCGAUCGUCCAAUCCUCCGCGCAAUAAGGUUAUGACUCCUGCUGAGUUUGAAAAGUACCGACAAGAUAAAGAGGGUCUGGGUAUUACUCAGGAGUCUAACAGCAAUGUCCCCCCGGUGGUCAAGGUGGAAGACGACGAUGACGAUGAGAUAAACUACGAUGACGAUGAAGACGAACAGGAGAAGUCAAAGCAGCAAACGAGACAAAGACGAAAGCAAGAGGCUCAUAUGGCGGUCUACAGACAGCAAAUGAUGAAGGUUACAGGAGAAACUAAUACGACACCCCUGCCGACAAGACAACCAGUUCGACCCGGCAUGUUGUCGUCUUCUAGUGCACCAGCCCUAAAUCACUUGAAUACUUUAUCGCCGGACCCCGCGCUCACGGGUGGUUCUUCUGAAGAGGAUGAUGAAGAUGUCCCGCUGGCCAUCCUUCAAGCUCAUGGAUUUCCGACCAAGAACCGCCCACCGACCCGACUUAGCAUGUCCGGAUCAAACCCCAACUUGCGUGCCUCUGUCGUGGGGCCACCUGCAGGCGGCCGUGCCCCAUCAGUCAUGGGUGAUUCUGCAUCUGUCAGUGGUCGCCGUCUUUCCCUCCUUCCAGCUUUUGCUCGAAAUCUCCCCCAGGAUCCGUUUGUUGGAGCUAGUAUUGCUAGACCUGCCAUAAGGGAGUCGUUGACCUUUGGUGCCGAUCCCAGACAACCUUCACCCCAACUACCACAGGGAGGUCCUCUUCCUCCUGGCGGUCUCGUAGGCGUGAUCGCUAACGAAGAGCGGUCGAGAGCCCUGCGUCGGGGCAGUCCCAGCAUUGACCCGAACAAGCUAAUUGGCGGUGCAAUGAAUGUUGGCGGGAAUGCUGGAUAUGACCCAUAUACUGGCAUCCCUUCUCAUAUCAUGUAUCAAGGAGGAGGGAUGCAAGGCAUGCAAGGCAUGCCCCAAAUGCCCCAAAUGCAUCAGAUGCCACAACAGCAAAUGUUGACUCCUGGUGACCAGGCGCAGAUUCAAAUGACACAACAAAUGCAGCAGUUCAUGCAGAUGCAAAUGCAGUUCAUGCAGAUGAUGGCGGGAAGUCCAAACGGCGGAGGACCGCCACCGCAGCAACAGUCUCCGAUGCAACCACCAUAUAGCGGUCAUAUGCCAGGUAACCAGUCUAUGGGCGAUCUGUCACGUCAUUCCAUGGUGGCUGACCCUAUGAUGGAUCCCCGUCGAAUGGAUUACAGUAUGCGUACAAUGAGCAUGGUACAACCCAGCUCGGCUUCUUUCAUGGCACCCCGUCAACAGGGACCUCUGUCCAUCCGUGGUUCUGGCGUUCGCGGCACUUACUCCCCUUCAAUUGCUCCCUCUGAGCGAAGUAAUGUUGGCUUGCCUGGACGAUACAGGCCCGUAUCGCAAGCGCCGGCAUUGUCUCCUCUUCCUGGUCAACAUGUGCGAUCCAACACCAUGUCUGGCGGCCUCUCCCUCUCCAACUGGAGCGAUGAUAAAAGCAAAUCGACCGUAAAGCUCAUGGGUAAUUCCCACGAAGGCUCAGACGACGAUGAAGAGCAAGGCUGGGAAGCCAUGAAAGCCAAAAGAGACAAAAAGCGAUCGAUGUGGAGGAGUAAGAAGAGCACGGAAAACGGCAUGAACAUCGCCUUUUAA